UCUGGUGGCUAGCGAGCAAGUGGAAGUGGAGAAGACUAAAUUCGUGAAAUUUAAAAUCUUUUCAGUGUACGUUUUUUAAAUCGAGUGAAGUGAAAUUUUAUCAUCGCCAGAUUUUAUUUUCGUUAAAAAUAGCUUUCGUAUUCAAAGGAGUGGCCGUUUUAUAGACUCGAUUGUCAACAAGCUUAUAAAGUGGAACAUUUUUUUAGUCAACGUGUAUUUUUAGCUCAUAAAGGAAUUUAAAAAAUAUAUACAUAUUUGUGGUGAAGAUUCAAGUGCAGUGUGAAAGUGGUGAAGUGAUUGUGCAACGACCUAAAUUUGACUGUUAGUCAUAUGUGGAUCCCAUUUAAAAGAAACUGUUCGAUCACUGCCGCGGAGGUUCAUUUGUAGUAUAAUGGAACCAAAGAUCCAAGAUGCACCGGCAUGAUUAUUUGCCCAAGGACUAAAUAUGAUAACGUUAAAGUAACUAAUUGCCAUUGUGGCAUAAGGACACAGUUUAAUUUAUGUUCAGAAUAUGAUGUUCGCUAAAUAUCAGUGAUAUAUUCGAUUAAUAGUAAUAUGUGUGAGGAGGGACGGGCAAUGCCCGCGGCCGCGGGUGCUGCGAUGGUAGGCUAGUGCAGCUCUAGGCUAGGCCUGCUCUAUGGAGACGGUGCAACAGUCCGUCGUUCAUUUGGAACACUCCGGAAUGCCGUCUCAAGCCCAAAUGGCUUAUGCACAACGAACUACAGCUUUGCACAGCCGGGCUACAACCAACCAUCCCCAGCCCGGUGAAGGCUCGCCAUACAAGCCUCAACGUCCCCCUGCUGCACCCCCCUCUCCAGCCAACUAUGCCAACUACCCGCCAACCCAUAACUCCAUGCGGUAUGUGCAGCAGCAGUCGCCGUACGGUACUGCGGUACCCUACAGGGAUAACCCGUACACCGUCCCAACACCGCAAACUGUGGUGAACGAACGGCAACAGGCGGUGGAGUUUGUGAGGAGUGACAACAUGGCGCCUCAGGUUCGACCAAGAAUCUCGCUGCUUACCAACAUGCCCACUACACCUGAGUACCUGCCGCCUAUGUCUAGGAAUAGGAUUCAACCUGGCGAGCAGUAUCGGGAGAGGGAAAGAAUCAUCGACUUGGUUACACCAGCACCAAGUGCAUCCUCCUAUCACUUGAGAGUCAGGGAUCUUGAGUCUAUGACUCUUACGACUAUGGACAGGCUCGUCAGGGGAGAGCAAUACCGAGACCGUGAAAGAGAAAGAGAGCGAGAACGUGAGAGGGAUCGUGAUUGUGUUGUUGUUCCUUCUACUCAAACCAGCACCAUGCAAGAUCUGGGCCCUUCAGUGAAGAAGAUUCGUCUAGGUGAACCGAAACCCGAGCUCCAACAACAGCUCAGGAUAGAGACCAGACAGGAACCUGCCCCAGCAUACAAUCCGCAGGUAGAAGCGAUUUCACCCACAGGACCAUCUGAUAAUGUCGUUGAAGACGCUAACUUUCGCUCCACCAAGGACGAUCUCCUGCAGCAGAUUAGCAAAGUCGACCGUGAGAUCAGUAAGACGGAGUCUGCCAUCCUCAAACUGAAGAAGAAGGAGCAGGAGUUGGCUGAGGCGGCCUGUCAGCCUGAUGAGAAGAAGGACGAGGAGGAAGAUCGGUCUCAGCAGCCAAAGCAUCAGUCCUUGGCUCAGAAAAUCUACGCAGAAAAUCGGAGAAAAGCCCAGAAAGCUCAUCUGGAAAUGGAGAAAUUAGGCCCAAAAGUGGAUUUGCCACUCUAUAAUCAACCCUCAGAUACGGCUGUGUACCAUGAAAAUAAGAGAAGGCACGCCGCAUUCAGAAAGAGGCUGUUAGACCAUCUGCGUACUACAAAAGAGGAGAAGGAAACUAGAGAGAAAAACCUCACUCAAACUUACUCAAGAAUGAUGCAAGAGUGGCAUCGGAAGAUCGAGAAAAUUGAAAACUCAGCAAAGAGAAAGGCGAAGGAUGCCAAAAAUCGGGAAUUCUUUGAGAAGGUGUUCCCUGAGCUGAGGAAGCAGAGAGAAGAUCGGGAGAGGUUCAAUAGAGUCGGGAACAGGAUAAAGAGCGAGGCUGACCUGGAGGAAAUCAUGGACGGGCUUCAGGAACAAGAGAUGGAGGACAAGAAGAUGAAAUCCUACGCUGUGGUCCCCCCUCUACUUUUUGAUGCCCGUCAACGUCGCUACGGCUACAUCGAUAACAAUGGAAAAAUCGAAGACCUAGCCGCAGAGUAUAAAGAACAUCAAUUGUCGAAUGUAUGGACAAAAGAAGAAAAAGAAAUCUUCAAAGAAAAGUUCCUCCAACACCCUAAAAACUUUGGUGUGAUCGCGUCGUACCUAGACCGCAAAAGUGCUUGUGAUUGUGUCCAAUAUUAUUACCACAGUAAAAAAGAAGAAAACUACAAACGCCUUUUGCGAAAAUCUCGGCAGCGAACAAGGUCGAGCCGCAAUCCCCACGGGAAAGUGAACAACGCGAGUGGAGCAGGAGCUAGCACGAGUGGAGCACCUAACGAUCCAAUGGACUCCAUCCUGAGCAGCGCUACCGGCGUGACCACUCGGCUGCAGCGAGAACAGUUGCAAAAGCAAGAACAUCCGCCUGCCCCUCUGCCCCCUCCUGCCCCCAGUGAGACUCCGUCCAUAACUCCCAACCCCAUCUGUGAUACUGUAGAGACUAAGGACAAUAAUCCGUCACCGACACCGCCACUGUUAACUGUCGCUGUCACUCCCCCAUUAACAAUAUCCCUCAACAAAACAUGUGCAUCAGCCCCGCCCGAACUGACGACAGCUGCAAGUGAAAUAAAACUGGACAACAAGAAGAAGGAGAGGAGGAAAGAGGAUAAGAAAAAGAAGGAAGAAGAGCUCGGAGAAACAACGGACGAAGAACUUCAUGAUCCUCAGGACGCAGAGAAGGGCCCCCAGCUUUGUGUGGUGUGUAAGACUGAGUCAGAGAUGACGAGAGCUUUGCCCCGCUCCCAUGCCUCUCAGUAUGGACUGCGCGAAGAAGACAUCGCUCCUGGAGCUCGGGUUUGCAAUACUUGCCGUUGUAAAGCUGUUCGAUCCCGUUACACACACUGUCCACUGCCGACCUGUCCCAACGCCAAGGGGCACCGAGUCAAGAGACUGCGGCCUUUGCCGAUGAAAUGGCCUGAACUACCUCGUCACAUUCGGGACCCGAUCGCAGCUGAGUUCCAAAUUCCUCCAAAUGUGAGCAAGUGCUGUUCAGCUUGCUUUAAUCGUAUUUCUCGCAAGUUGACGCCAGUUGAUGAGAGUGGGGCCGGAGGGGGAGGUUCUAGUGGUAGCAGCCCUGGACCUCUCCAACGUUGGUCCGAGGAGGAGAUAGAAGCACUCAAGAAAGGGCUAAGAGAACACGGCAAUCGAUGGUCUGAGGUAUCCCAGGUGGUGGGUCCUUCCAAGUCCCAUCAUCAAUGUAAAAACUUCUUCUUCAACUACAAAAAGAAGUUCGGCCUCGACCAAAUCCUACAAGAGUAUAACAAAACACACUUGGGGGAGGAGAGGAAACCUUCACUGACAGACGAGGAAGAGUCUGGUUCAAGCACCUCCAGCUGUGACGAGAUGUCGGGAAUGGCUUUACUAGCAGACAGCGACACAGCGAGUGCCGGCUCCCCCUCCCACGCCCAUGCGCAUGGUGAGAUGAAAGAAGAAGGUAGAAAGAAAGAAGAGACAAAGGACGAGGGUGCCACAGCCAAUAGUGAGCCUCCGACUUUGACGGCUCACAAGGAAGAUUACGAUAGUUCUGCCACGGAGACGGCAGACGAGGGCCAAGGGGCAGGGGAGAUGGAGGGUCGCAGUCAAGCCCCGCCUACGACCGCAUCGUCACCUCUCACAGUCAAAGACAUCAUGUUGGGUGUCAUCGAGAUGCAGUUGAUGAAGAACCAAGCUGCGGCCGGUGGGUCCGGCCCUGCCCCUACCAUCUCGUCCAUCCUCAAGACUGACCACAGCUUUGUCAAGUCGGGGUCCCUAGCUACCCUAUCCGUCGUCGCACCCCAGGAGUUGGCUAAGGACAGCCUUGUUGUAGUUCAGGUGCAGCAACCACUAAACAGAGACAGGGAGACAGAGGGAACUCUUGACCUGAGUAUCAAAAAGCCUCGGACAGAUUACAGAGAGGCUAAACCGUCACCACUCGCACCGCCUCACUCUGUCACCGUCUAUCGGACAGCGUCUACCCACACUGACUCAAACUACUACCACCAGGUGGCUUCACCCCAGCUUCAGUCCAAGCUGUCCCCCAAACUGUCCCCCGGACUGCUAGGUGUGGGAGGGUCUAUACUGCAUGGGACGCCAGUGUCCUCACCCUCCAUCUACACGUCGUCUGGUCCGCAACAAGCAUCAACUCGCUACGACUCCUCCCCUUUACUGCGUCAGAUGACUCCCCCUCAUGCCACCAAAGAGGCGUCUACUGGCUCUAUAACACAAGGCACCCCUGUACACCAGCGUGGAAUCUACCCGGGAUCUACAAGCAGUGAAUACUACAGUAGCAGCGGCACCAAGCGUCCUACACCAACGGCCCAGGGAUUUUACUCUCCCCGACCUCCAGCGUACGCCGUGGAGCAAAGACAAAUCAUCAUGAAUGACUACAUAACCUCACAGCAGAUGCACGGGAGCGCAGCACGAAGGACCAAUGACAAAACAACUCUUUAUUACCCUCCUCGACAAGGAGUGAUUCAAAGACACAACACCAAGCCUCCCUCACCUCACCAUUACCCAGCUGGGCACAAGCCUCCGUCCCCCCACCACUAUCCACCAGGACACGAGGCGUUCUCCUCACUAGUGGAUGUGGCAGUACGACAGCCAAGCCUGCCUGUGCCUCAUCCUGACCACAAGGAAGACAAGAGGCUGCUGCACGAGGGCCUAGGAGAGAGGUUCAACCGAGAGAACACCCAGGAUAGGUUUGCUAAUCGAGACCAAGAAAGGUUUUCUCGGGAGAAUCAUCAGAUUCAGCAUCGGCAGAUCCCUGAAAACCAUCAUCAACAACACCAGUCGCAAGCCCAUCCGACAUCAAUGCACCAGCCCUUGCACCAUCAUAGAGAGAUGGAGAGAGAGAGGAGUCAUAUUCAGCAACAGCAUGGAGCGACACACAUACGGGAACAUCAGCUUCAGCAACAACUUAGGGAACAGCAGUUGCAUCAUCAGCAUCAGCAAAUGCAGCAACAACAGAUGCAACAACAGCAUCAGAGAGAUUUGUUGCAUCAGAAGCAGCAACAACAGCAACAACAUCAGAACCACCUGCAGAGCUUGGAACAUCAUAGACUUAGUCGUAUGUCAGGGUCAGGCUAUCCUCCCCCGCCUCAACAAAAUCAGGAGUCGUCCAGAAUGAUGCAACUGCCACCACCCCCUCCCCCCCGCCAACAUCCGGACAACAGUGGUGGACGAGAAGGCAGCGGGACGCCCACUGUGAGUGUUAGUGGGUCGAGCGGAACGUCGUCUCGUAGCAGCACUGCCCGUGGCUCUGACUCAUCCACUCUCACGGCUGCUAGUCUCAUAGAUGCCAUCAUUACACAUCAGAUCAACCAGCCCAGCAGCGAUGGACAAGUUGCCUCGGGGGCUGCAGGAACUAAUGCCCCUGCCCCACCACGCCCCGGCGACCGGCUCUUUCAGGGAUUUCACAGAGAAGGCCCAGAAGCAAACGGAAAAUUGUCUCCUUUGAAGUCAGGUGGACUCUCAAUGGCUGGGAGCCCAGACCCUAAACAAGGUUCAAUAACUCUUGGAGAACAUAUAGAGUCAAUUAUAAACAAAGAUUAUCCACCAACAUCUCGUCACGCUCAGUUCCAAGCGUAUGAGCCUCAAGCUUGGAAGUUGCGAAGGGCUCUACAACAAAAGGAACUGGAUCAGAACCAAAGUUUGCGUGAAAAGAACGAUGAACGAAAUAUCGUAAGAAUGGCUGGACCUCCUUCACCAUCAUCUCGAGUAAGAUAUUACGAACCUCCCGCCGUACCAAUAUCACCACUUGACUAUGUCAAGAAUCGCAUCGUGGAAGUGAUGCGGACAUCAGAGGAAGAAGGUGGCUCUAAAAGUGGAGGGGGAGAAAGUCCAGGAGGUGGUGAAAUGGUGAUUGACGAAGGAGAGGAUCAACAGACAUCUCGAACGACCACGUCACAGGCCCCUGCACCCUUCAUAGCAACGUCUGCAGCGUACACUUACCCCUUCUCAGCCCUCAGCCUGAACGCAGCAGCACCCUCAGUGCCAGUGUCCGUAGCUAACAUGACUGCCAAACAACCGACUGACUCGGUCCCUGAACCUGCCCCCCUGCUCUCCGCACAGUACGAACCUUUGUCGGAUGAGGAUUAGUGGUCGAUUUGCCUGCUGGACUUCUCAGCGUUUCUUGGAGGCUGGUUUUCAUGGAUGGAAUAUCUUCCGAAUUCUUCAGAAAAUAGUCCAACCGGAUCCACAUUAAAAGACUGAGUCUAUUCCGUGCAUAUAAUAACAGUUUUUUAAUUUCGGUUUGUAUAGAGGAUUUCAUUAUGAUUUUGUUAGCAAUAUUUUUCUACAAAUAAAUAUGCACGGAACAAAAGCGAUUUCAUUUAAUGAGCCUCCAUGUUGUUGUACGGAAGAAAUAUUCUUGAAUAUAACACAUUUUCGUCUAUUAUUUUGUCUUCUCAUUCUUCAGUCGCACGUCGAAACAGUUUUUGAACUGUCCUGUUGGUGUCAUUACUAUAUGAUGAAAAUUUGUUACAUGUGUUUCACAUAAAUAUUCGUAAUUCGACUUUGCUCAAAAAUAAUGUAGGCCUAUCGACUAUGGAUAUAUUUCGAUUAAUCUAAGAUUUUUAGCCUAAGGAAUAAUAUAAAUGUAUGUGAACGAUUUGGAGUUAUUUGUUCAUCAUGUUUCUUGUGAUCGGCUAAGAUAGUUAUUGUUAUUAUUGUGUUGCAAGCAUAGUUUGAAUGAAACUUUAGGUAUUGUUAGCCAUAGACUUUUGUUCAGUUUUAAGUUUUUUGUCACCAUAAUGGUUAUUUUCUUUUUUAUGUCAUCAGACGGUUAUUAUUUAUUAUCUUUUAUACUAUGACAGUUGUCAUUCAAAAUCUUAUGUUUAAAAUUUUCGAGGGAUCAAAGUUUUGUUCAUUCCACUUUUGUUAGGAACUUAAACGUCGUGACUGAUUUAAAUGUUGCAUUUUAGUGUUUUGUCUGUGUUUUUGAACUAGAAAGCUGUUGAUUUCCAUCAGAUGUUUUAUUUAUUUUAUAUAAUGCCAAAACAAAAGUCGCAGUGUACAUUAUGCAUAUAAUUUGUUAUCAGUGACUCAGAGAACUUAGUGCUGCGGGAGAACUGUUUCCUUAUAGGAUCUCUGUAUAAACGUCCGUCGUUUGUGUUUACCCGCUGGCAUUGUGCUCGAUUAGUUUACUAUGAAUUUCACUUUGAUGUUUUGUGGACUGUGCAUCGAGCGUUUUCACAAUUAUUUAUCACGAUGUAAAUAACUGUAGAUGAAAACCAUUUAGCGUAACCGAUGUAAAUAUGAAUUUUAGUUUUUUAAGUAUAAGAAACUGGUUAUUCCUUCCUUCGUACGAAUUUAAUCCAAUAGUACAUUUUUAGCGGAUUAAGAUAAUUGUAUAUAUUUUCUGUGAAAAUACUUAUUUUCUUUUUGGUCAUAUAAACAGUUUUUAAAGUGUUCAAUUUCUAAAAAGCUGUUUAAUGGUUUUGGAAAAUUAAUAAAUUUAAUUUUGUCUAUGUUUUUGCGCGUUGUUAAUCUUGAUCCACUGAACAUGGCCAAAGAAUGCUUGUUGCUUUUGGAACCUCGUGUUCUGACUGUGAUGCCCGUAGUCUUGUACAUAACACUUAGUCCGCAAAACUUUCAAAUCCGAUAAAAUGUUUCUAACUGCUUGUGGACUCUGCCACCCCAAAUAUAUUUUUAUACAGAAAGCUAUAAUUCUAUUUAUUUCAUCUUGUAACAGAACAUGCAAAUUUCACUUUUUUAUCUUGAUAUAUGUUAAGCUGUUUGAAUAAAAUAAAAUAGGUUUUUAUAUUUA